GAGCUUUCCAAGAAAACCAGUCAUUUAAUAGUGACAUGCUCGCACAAGUGUGCAGUAAAGUAAACUAAGCUCCGCUGUGGAAUGCUUUUCUCCUCCUCGCAACCCCCUCGAAAGGCCCGGGAUCUGGAACGCAGCCUAAAACACAGCGGCUGCCGCAGCUGCAAGUCGGUCUCAAAGGGAACGCUGGAAGAAAGAAAUUAUUUCCAUAUUUCUGUGGGGUGCCUCUGCAAGAGAGCUGGAUGAGCCCGAGUAGAACCGGGCAGGGGACGAAGGCGUGAAGCGUCGGAGGCCGAAGCCACAACGCUUCUUGGCUGGCAGAAAGGACGGGGAACUUGGCCUGAACCUGAAGUGAACUCACACAACAAAGCGAGAAGAAACCAGGAAAGAAAAUCCAUUCAUCCCUAUUGGGUAUCUGGACAGGAAGGGCUGGCUUUCCUGCUGUUUUGUGGAUGGCGCCGCAUCCUCCAUUUCCACUCGAGGCCUGCUCGGAGGGAUGACCGCACCUUCAACACAGAGUUAAGUAAAUUACUCUGAGCAUCUGGACUUUCUCCUAGCAAACAGAAAGGGGCAGCUCUGGACUGGACGUUGAAAACGCACACAGAAAACGGCCUUCGGAACCCAGGACCGGCUGUGACAGGGGCGCCGGGAGCAGAGACGAUGGCGAGUGAGCUCACAGAGCUGGAGGAGGCCAUUGGGACGCUGGUGAAAAACUAUGACAAGUACGCCACCAGAGGUUUCUUUUCGCGAAAGCGUGGGAUCAGCAAGGACAGCUUUCAGAAGAUGGUGAGCCAGGAGCUCCACCACGCCCUGAUGCACACUGAGGACAAGCAGGCGAUUGACGAUCUGAGGCAAACCUAUGAUAAGAAUCAAGACGGGCUGAUCCGUUUUCACGAGUACUGGACUUUAAUGGGCAGUAUUGCCAUGUCACACUUGUCCACGAUGGAAGAGCCGGAGAAGGACGACUCGUAGCAGUGAGCAAAAGGAAACCAAUGUCUCAUCUGCUCGCGCCCCUUCUAGACUUACUGUUUUGCCGGCCCCAAAACAAUCCAACCACUGAUGUCUUUCUAGCUCCCCCUGCUGGCUGAACCUGGUCCUACAUGUAUCAUCUGCCUCCUUUCCUGAGGUUCUUCCUGACUGUGUCGUAAAGUCUAACUCAGAGGAGGCUGGGAAUGGGAACUUGCUCCCUCUUCUGGACUAUACUGGGGGAUACGGCAACUGGGUGAGGUUUUGUUUUGGGUUAAUAAUUCAGGGGAGCACAGCAUCUUUGGAACAUUAUUUGAAUAAAAUCUAGAGUUGACUCAAA